AUGACCACCGACUUGGCAUUCAAUCAUUUUCUCUCAAUACCGUGGUGUCGAGUGCACCUGUCCGAUAAAGCUUUUCAGCCUCUCCACCAAGAACGAUCUGCCCGACCGGACAACGCGCACACUCUUUUUGGCGAGACAUGGCACACGGACAAUACGAUACCGUACAUGCUUAUGCUGUACCGACCACCGUGUGAGGAGAAAGGCCAGACGGGUGAAAUGCGUGGAUUCUUCACUGUGGGUACCGGUUUGAACCAGCACCCCAAUAUCUUUCACGGAGGAGCCACCGCCACAAUACUAGACAGUGCGGUAGGGGCUCUCGUGCGAACUGAGCUGCCCAACACGAUCCCAUCAUACACGGUUGUUCUGAAUGUAACCUACAAAAAAGCUUUACGACCUCCGAUGACUAUCAUGACCCGUUCUUGGGUCACCAAGGUCGAGGGUAGAAAAACUUGGGCCCACGCUCAGGUCGAAGGCGGUACUGGCGAGAUAUAUGCAACUGCCGAAGUGAUGAUGGUUUCUGCCAAGGCGAAAUUAUAG